AUGGACGCUCUACUCCAGGGAUUCCACCGUUCUCCAAAGGAGGACGUUUCGACUCCGUCUUCCUCUAGUCACUGCACUUCUUCUGUUUCAGCGCGCGAGUUUGAGCAAUUUGACUCGCCAUUAACGGACGCAGAACUGGCGUGCGAACUAUCAGUUGUCACUCGCGCACUGAGGAAGCCCGUUAACAGCAGCUACUGCUGCAAAGAUUUCAGCGGCUCUCUUGUUUUCAUCCCUAAAGAUACCGGAGGCUCCGUGGUCCUCGAUGCAACGAGCAGUGUGGGCAGCAAGAGCCCAUGCGCGUCAGAUAUCGGACCCUUCAGUUGUGAGAGCUCAAGACGCCCGUCUGCCGAUGUUUUGGCUGAUGAUGUUGACAAGCAAAGACGUUGGAGCGAGCGAGUGCAAGCAGGCGCUUAUUCUUUUCGCGAUGAUGAGCGAGGCAGUGUGGCUGACGGGACAGGCUUUUUACCCUCGUCUGCUGAGGUCCCGCCUCCUCUGGAGAGCUAUAUUCCAUGUCUCUUUUACAGAUGGCCGUCUUCGAACAAGCUUCUUAUACACAUACACAGCCUUGAUGAAGACUUAGGAGCGACCGCUCCCAUGCUAAGAACCUUGCACAGGCGUCUCCGCCUCAAUGUUCUUGCAAUGGAGUUCCCAGGUGGGUAG